AUGACUCAAUCCUUCAACUUAAACUUUUUCAUUCGAAUUUUUCUCGCACUUUUCGCCACCGUCAUAACAAUUCAUGCAGCACCGAUCCCCGAAAAUGAUAAUAUUAGUAAUGUAACCUUUUCUUCGGAUAAUCAUGGCGAUAUGGGACAAGGCAACGCGUUUGCCAUUGGACCAAAUGGCCAAGCGUAUACCAGUGGAUUAAAUAUUAACGCAUCCUCGGAUCAAUUCGGGUAUUCUAAUCAAAGAACUGGAAGUCUGCCUACUUUUGUUUUUUCUGGAGUUAGUGGAAAAGACAUCAUGAAUCAGAAUAAAGUUUUAUAA